AUGGAGAAGAAGAAGAAGAUGGCGGGGUCAUAUUUCUUCAAGAUAAUCUGCAAUUACGUUAUCGAGGAUAGACGUUUAGAGCUUCCAAAAAAGUUUGUUAGGCUAUUCGGGGAAGAACUAGGUAAAGCUGGACUAAUCGAGGAUCCUACGGGUAAGAUUUGGCCUGUAGAAUUACGGAGAGCCAAAGCCGAGAUUUACUUCCAGAGUGGUUGGCAAGAGUUCAUGGAGUACUUCUCUAUUUCUAUUGGGCAUUUUUUGAUUUUCAGAUAUGAAGGGGAUUCGCAGUUUCAUGUAUCUAUAUGUGAUGAGACUGCCUGUGAGAUAGAAUAUCCAUAUCAUGGGGAGGAUGUCGAUGAAUCCGUUUCAGAAGGAGUAUCUUUGGAAAAUAUGGAUGUUCCCUUUCAAUCCGCAGCUUGUAAUGCACGCGCUGCAGCUAACAAAACUAGACCCAGUUGUCGUGGCCAUGAUUCUGCAAGUAAACGGAGAUUUGAGGACUAUCAAGAAGCCCGAGGUUCAGUCAAACGCAAUAGGUCAGACGGAAUUGAAAUGAACACAAGUAAACAAUGGGUCUAUAACUUCAGGCGCCAACCUGAACUGCCGAUAAUUAUCUCUGAUGAUGAAAGCGAUAACGACGAAGGUUAUCAAAACCCUGGAGAUUCUGCUAACGUUACCAACAAAACUGAACAAGACAGAUGUAAAGCACAAUUCGUUAACUCAGAUAGUGAAUGCGAUGACGAACGUCCUAUGCCUACUCAACAAAGAUCUGCAAGUCACAAAGGAAAACCAAAGAAGGCUAGUUGCGGAGCACGUAAACUGGAUGUAUCAAGAACAAAAUCUCAAAGAGCAACGAGAGUUAUCGGAGAAGCUAGAGCAUUCAAGUCUGAUUUUCCCAUGUGCAUGAUUAUCAUGAGACAAUCUUAUUUUAGCAAGGGAAGUCCUGUGUAUGUGCCUAGUGAGUUCACAAGAGAAUUUUUGGUAAAGGCAGGUGAUAAUUUUGUCACUCUUCAAGAUCCAGCAGGGAAAAAAUGGCGUGUGGGAUAUAAAUUUAGAAAGGCUGGUACCAGAUCAUCUGCCAUAAAGACAGCCGAACUGUAUAAGGGUUGGUACCGGUUUGUCUUGGAAAAUCAUUUGAAGGUCGGUGAUGCUUGUGUUUUUGAGUUAGUUGACAUUGAUAAUCUUGAGAUGAAGGUUAACAUCAUCCGAGUCUGUGUACCAUGUGGGAAGCGCCAUCCUGAAGUUGUGGAUACUGAAAGCAGUGAAGAAAAUUAUCAAAUCCCCGGAAAAUCUGCUAAACACAAUGAUUCAGAAGAUAUUGAAAGCGAUGCGGGACAUACCAUGCCUAUCCAACCUAAAUCUGCAAGACAUGGAGGAAACCACAAGAUGUCUAAAACAAGUGAAGUGAAAGUACAUUGUCCUGGGAAAAAUGCUAGUUGUGCAACACGUAAUGUGGGUGUAACGGAGAGCGAAUCUCAAAGAGCAAUGGCUGUUAUCAAAGAAGCGAGAGCAUUCAAGUCUGACUUUCCGAUAUGUACCAUUAUCAUGAAACCAUCUUAUACACAGAAAGGCCGUCUUGUGCAUGUACCAAUGAAGUUCGCAAGAGAUUGUUUGCUAAUGGCAGGGGAUAAGUUUGUCACUCUGAAGGAUUCGACGGGAAAAAAGAGGCGUGUCGGAUAUACCACUAGUCCUUGUGCAAGUAAAGUUAGUCUAUACAAUGGCUGGCACGAGUUCGUCUUGGAAAAUCAUUUGAUGGUCGGUGAUGCUUGUGUUUUUGAGCUAGUUGACAUUGCUAAUCUUGAGAUGAAGGUUAACAUUAUCCGAGCGUUUCCCGACAUUGUUUAA